GAUCGGAUUAACAGGUUUACUGCAAAUUGGUGUUGAUCGGGAAUCAGAGUUGCCUGCAUUAAGCUAGACAGCAUUUUAGGAUACAAUGUACAUGUGUCGAAGUAUGCGUGCAGUAAAUUGUUAAUUGGUGAGAAAGAACCUCUAACGUGAACGUGCAUUUUUAAUACGAAAGAAACCACGUAAUAGUCAGAGCAAAAAAUACAAACAAAAGAAAUACACAACACUUUCCAUGAAAGUUUGCCAUUAAACUCUGCUUGUGGCCAUAGAUGCUUAUGUUUUUUUUAAGUGUUUGGCAGGGCACCUUAUAAAUUGGCAGUGACUCCCAAACUUUUCAUUUCAUGCCCUCUUUGAAAAUGAAAAAAAAACACCACGGUCCAAAAAUCGAUUGAUCAAAUCUGGCCGGAUCAAAACACAGGCAGAUAUGGAUAUGACUCAGACAUAUCUGUGGCUCCAAUCUUGCUUGGGUCCGUUUCGUGCAGGGCUCAGAACCAGAUCUGUCCCAGGGCCCGCUGCUGUAUGGAAAUGGCCAGUGAUUCUGUGAGGAGUCACGUCUAUACACAAGUCAAGGGAUAGACCUCACACAGCUGCUGUAAUACUGUUUCCUUCUGAUGUGAAACAGGGUUUCAGCUAGAGUACGCACACAUCCUCUUGUGUGGUGCAAGCACAGGAAGUGAGGCAGGAAGUGACUUGAGAUGAUUUCUGGGAGGGUGUGAGAAGAGCGUAUUGAUACAGGGUGUGAUUGGGCUUCAGUCAGCGUUUGGAUACUCCACAUGAUACAGCUGGCAUGUCAAAGAAAAUGAAGAGCCUUGAACUUCCACCUGGGUAUAUGAGCCAGGCCGUCUCGGAUGGAGAGCUGAACAUGUCCAGGUUGUCGAGCGGCGGCAGCAGCCACAGCCUGGGCAGUGGCUUCACCUCGGGCGUCCAGAGCAGUGAUGGGGUGGCCAGCCGAGUCGUCAGCUGGGCCGUGGGCUUUGAGAAGCUCCUGGAGGACCCGACAGGGGUAGAGUACUUCACGGCUUUUCUGAAAUCAGAAGUGAGUGCGGAGAACAUCCUGUUUUGGCAAGCAUGUGAGCAGUACCGGCAGAUCCCACACAGCCAGGUGGACGAGCUGAGGAAGGAAGCCCGUUUGAUCUACAACACGUAUCUCUCAGACAGUUCCUUUGAUGCCGUCAACAUCGAUGACACGGCCCGCAUAGACGAGAGUGCCCUGGAGCACCCAGUAACAUCCAUGUUUCAGAAAGCCCAAGACCAGAUCUUUAAGCUGAUGAAGUUCGAUAGCUACGCCCGUUUCGUGCGCUCCCCGCUCUACCAGCGCUGCAUGCUGGCCAGUGUGGAGGGGACGGCGCUGCCCUCGCUAGGCAACAGUAAGGGCUCCAGUGAGUGUGUCACACCAACCAGCCACAGGAAGAAGCUGGAGCCGAGGCUGACCUCUUCAGAGACCAAAGCGAACAGGAAGAAAAGACUGGAGAAGAGAGGAUCAUGGGGAGCUGAUGUAUCCUUCCAGCGUGGUACCAUAACCCGAAACGAGUCUCAGAUCUCUGUGAAGUCCACCAGCAGCAUAGAGCUGGGGUUUAUGUUCAGCAAAUCAGAGAAUGGGCGCACCAGUUUAUGGGAUGCCGACCUGAUUUCCGGCGGUGGUUCCAGCUCCAUUUUGGGCCGAGCGGAGAAGUACUGCUACGUGAACCUCCCAGAUGGCGCGGGCAGCCUGGUGCCCACCAAACCGGGGCAGCCGCUGCGGGAGAUGUUGGGUGGGCUCUGUGACAAGCGGGGCUUCCCACUCAAAGACGUCGUCAUCUACCUGCAAGGCAAAGACAAGCAACCCCUGUCACUGGAGCAGGACAGCUCGGUGCUGAGCGAUCAGCAGGUGUUUCUGGAAGUCCGGGUGACGAUUGCGGUUAGGGUGAAGUUCACUGGUAAAACCGUAGGCAUCGUUGUGAAGUCCAGUAAGACUCUGCGGGAUGCCCUCGCCACCCUGUUGCAGAAGUAUGAUAUACAACCCCAGGAUGCUUUCGUCACCAUGAGUGGAUCACAGCAACCCCUAAAGCUAAGCAGCACUGUCUUCCGUCUGGCCAACAAGACGAUAUGUCUGGACCGAGUCCAAGGGAAUACAGAGGGUCAGAGAAGUCCACAGGAUGUCUUCCAGAAAGCCUCCCCACGAUCUGGGAAAUCCUCUGAUAUGGACGGUCUACUGGAGAUGCUGUCCCGGGCUCAGAGCAAUCGGGUGGAGGACCAGCGGGGCCUGCUGAGGAAAGAGCACCUGGUGAUUCCGCCGUUCCUGAAGCUUAGCAAAGAGUCCGAGGUCACUCGGGAGGACCAGAGCCUAAGGCAAGGGGCCACAGGAGCCACAUGCUCCAAACAGACUGGGCAAGCAGUCGAGGGAGAUAGCAGUGGCCUCAGUAGCGCUUCAGAUUUGGACGGCUUUGAGGCAGCCAGCCAACUCUAGCUUUGAAUACUCCCCAGUCCAACGUAGACCCUUCAGGGUCGUCUGAGACCUAAUGGACCUCAGGCACAAGAUUGUGUGUGUGUGUGUGUGUGUGUGUGUGUGUGUGUGUGUGUGUGUGUGUGUGUGUGUGUGUGUGUGUGUGUGU